UUAUUUUAUUUUAUUGCCAAGCAGAGCCAUGGCGUUAAACAACGGUCUCAGAUCCAUCGCUACCUCCUCCGAAUCCACGCUUUUCCUCAAGCCAGAUCUCCAAGCUCUGUCCCAACCACCCACAGCCGCCACCCUUGUCAUCUGAAGCAUCGAGAUCCUCUUUCAUAUGAUGACACAACUAUACCAGUUGCGAGAGAUUUCUCUCUUCAGAACAAAACUAUGGUGGCUCGCCUGGCGCUCCGUCUCAGAGCCCAUCUCCUCCGAGCAACUCUAACCACAACCCAUAUCGCCACCACUACUGUCUAUCGCCAACCCAUCUUCCAAUCUCCACCGCUGAUUCUCUCCCGACUCCCCCACCAUUGUUCAAUCCCAGAAGAUCUAUCCCUUGGGCUUCGAUUCCUCUCAACUGCCCGACGCAACCCAAAACGGGCCAAGUCCGUCGACAUUGGUGCCCGAGCCCGCCAGAUGCAGACUCGGAGGCUCUGGCUCUAUGCGUUGAGCUUUAGCUGCGUCGCAGGCUUCAUUGUGGUCGUCCUCAACUCAUUCCAAGACCAAUUGGUCUUCUACGUGACCCCAACUGAAGCUCUCGACAAGUUCAUUGUAAACCCUAGCAAGAACAAGUUCCGGCUCGGGGGUUUGGUCCUGGAAGGCAGCGUAGUCCACCCGGCUUCGUCGCCGGAGAUCGAGUUCGUCGUCACCGACUUGAUCACCGAUAUUCUGGUUAGGUAUCAGGGAGCUUUGCCCGAUUUAUUCAGGGAGGGUCACUCGGCGGUGGUUGAAGGGUUCGUUAAGCCUAUCACUGACGAGGUUCGAAACGAAGUUUCGGCUAAAAACGUCUCCGAGAAAGCAAGAAGUGGAGACUGUUACUUUGUGGCUACAGAGGUUUUGGCUAAGCAUGAUGAGAAGUAUAUGCCUCAGCAAGUUGCUUCGGCAAUUGAGAAGAACAAGAAGAAGAUUGAAGCUGAUAAAGCUGCUGGGGUCGAAUUCAGGGAAGCGUAGAUUAAUGGGUAUGAUUCAGAUUUUUUGAAUUCCUUAUUGGUAUAAAAUUUUGAGUAUGUUAUACAUCGAAAGAAAGUAGAGUAGUUUGGCUAAUUUGAUAUUUGAUUAGUGUUUAGGUGAGGAAUUACUCAUUAUUAUUGAGAAAGAGAGUUUAAUGGCACAAGGGUGAGAUUCAUAACAUUCCAAAUUUUGGUGUGUUGUAUUGAUAUUUUUAUUGGUGAAUUCGUAAGUAACCUCUUACUUUUCAAUGAAAUAAAGUCAUGAAUUGAAUUGGACAUGGCAAAUUACCAGGAA